AUGCGUCUUAGAGCGAUAUCUGAGAAUAAAAAGCCUGCUGGAAUGAGAAAUAUGGGAAGAGAUCUAUCAACAAUGAAAGAAAUGAUUGCCUUCUGGGGAAAGAAAGAUGAACCAGUUAAAUUGCCUCCUAUUAACAUAAUAGAAAGAUCAGACUUCUAUGAACAUAAACCCUAUGAAAUUAAGUUCAAAAUCUAUCAGAAUUGCUUUGCUUACAACAAUCUCAUACAUAAAGAAUUUGAGCUCCUGUAUAUCACUUCUCCAGAUCAAAUGAAUGAUUCCUUUAUAGAAAUAGAGUAUAAAAUGUUUGUGUCAGAUUGUUACUUUGGCAGACCCACAUUUACGAACACUGAGUUCAGCACUUAAAUACAGUAUUAUGUUGGCUAAAUUGAUAAAACAAGUAAUCUAUACUUUAUAUCAAGUUAGUUGCAUGUAUCAAAUUGAGAACAUGCCUGAACAUCUAUUGAGUUCAUCAAAAAGUAUU